GGGCGCUGCGCAGCCCGGGCCGGGGGCCGGGGGCCGGGGGGAGCGGGCGCCCCCGGCCGCCUCCCCGGGGACGCGGGGCCCGGAGCGCUCGCGCUGGGCUCGGUUCCUUAUCCGGGGACCGCGGGGCACGCGCCAUUGGCCCGCGCUGUCACAUGGACUCCAACUUUGUUCACUUGACAAAAUUAAUGGCCAUGAGCUCGUUUUUGAUCAACUCCAACUAUGUGGACCCCAAGUUCCCACCCUGUGAAGAGUAUUCCCACAGCGAUUACCUUCCCAAUCACUCGCCGGGAUAUUACGGCAGCCAGAGGCGAGAGGGCACUUUCCAACAUGAAGCGAUGUACCAGCCGCGGUCAGCCUGCAAGGAGCAGCUCUACCCGUCCUGCCAGAGCUCCGGCCACCCAGCAGCGGUGUUAUCCCCCCGGGGUCAUGUCCAUCCUCCGGCCGGACUGCAGAGCCACCUCUCUGAGCCAAACCAUCCCUGCGAGCCGGUCACCCCCAGCCCACCACCCUCCUGCAGCCAAAACUCUCUGAACCAAAGCCCUUCCAAUUCCUCUUGCAAAGAGCCGGUAGUUUACCCCUGGAUGAAAAAAGUCCAUGUAAGCACGGUAAACCCCAAUUACUCAGGAGGGGAACCGAAACGCUCCCGCACAGCCUACACCAGGCAGCAAGUCCUGGAGCUGGAGAAGGAAUUUCACUAUAACCGCUAUCUCACCCGGCGGCGCAGGGUCGAGAUCGCCCACUCCCUCUGCCUCUCCGAGCGCCAGAUCAAAAUCUGGUUCCAGAACAGGAGGAUGAAAUGGAAAAAAGAUCACAAGUUACCAAAUACCAAGAUCAGGUCUAAUUCUUCCAGCUCCUCUGCCAGCCUGCAGAUCCCACAAGGAGGAUCUCAAAACCGAUCCCAUGGACCAGCCACCAGCCUAUAACUAUUCCUUGGAUGGAUGAAGUGUGCGUGUUUGUGGGUGUGAGUUUGUGUGUGUGUAGGGAACACAUGAUAAUUUUUUUUUUAAAUGCUCCGAGAAGCGAGGGAAGGAGGGGUGCUCUUUAUUUAUAGGGGGAACAGAGGGAGACUCAGCUGCAACAAAGCAGAGCUGUGCUGUUGUGCCUCUCUUCCAUUAAAAGAAGGCUGUAGAUAGUAGUUUUCAGAUUUGGCUAAGAUGGAUCCUUGUUUCAUCUUUAAUCACGCCAAGCUCUGCCCCAUUUGUCAUGUUUACUCUCCCGUACAAAGGAUGGACCUUAUGUCUGCUAUUACCUCGACAACCAGCGCUCACUUUAAUAAAUGAGGCUCAGUUUCUUCAAGACGAACUGGAUUUUCUCCCCACCACCCCCACCACCCCCUUUUUCUCUUCUUCCUCUUUUUCUUUUCUCGCCUGCCAGCCACAAAUGGAAAGUUUCUAUCCCCCCAUCCCAAAGAUGCGGCGGUUCUAGCACAGCCCUGUGAUGGAGAGGAAAAAAAACAAAACAAAAACCACCAAGAAACACAACCAAAAUCCCCGCCGGACACAGACCGUGGGGAGCGGGGGGGCUCUCGGACACUGCGUUGGUCGUGCGUGGGAGUGGGAGGUGGGGGCCACCCUGGGGGGGGGGGGGGAAGGAAAAUUAGGUCAAGUGGGUGGUGGACAAAGAAAGCAAGAGGAUGGAGAGGGAUGUAGGACACCCCCCCUUGCCUUUUUUUUCUUUUUUUUUUUUUUUUUUGAGUCCAGCAGGUUAAUUGUGAGUCUGGGAAAGGGGGUGUGGGAGGGGAGAGGGGAAAGCAAGGGGUUUAGGUUAGAAACUGUGGCACCUGGAUUCACCCCCCCGGCCUAGGGUGAGGGGCAGGGGACGGGGGGAGCUCCUCUCCCGCUGUCUAGCCCAGAUUUGUACUGGAAAUACGACUUAAGGACGGCGGGGUGAGGGCUCGUCCCUGUCGGGGUGCGCAGGGGUUUGGCGAGGCCCGCUCCGACACCCCGCCCGGCCGCCGCCCCCUCCCUUUGUCCUCCGUGAUGUCCAGGAUUACCUGUAAAUAGCAGAGAAAAGGAACAACAACAACAAAAAAACGCAAUUGAAAAUAAAAAUUUUCAUUGUGAAUCUGA